AUGCCAGGCUUCGCGCUGACGAAAAGGAAGCCGUUCAGUGGCGUCUUCGAAAAUAUUACCGAAGUCGAAGCGUUAUUAGAACGAAAUUGCUACUCACAAGAAGAAUGUGCAUUGCCAUGGUAUAAAAGGCUAGAAAAUACGUUGGAAAGUUGCAGUUCUCACUUGACCGCUUUAUAUACCAUGAGAUACGAGGGAGACACGAGGAUCAAGGUCAGUAUCGCCUUGACCAUCACGUUGGCGCUCGGCCAUCGAUCACGAGCCGGCGUGAUAUCCCUGGAAGCGGAGGCUUUACACGGACAACAGGAUCCAGUGCAGCACAGUUCACUGGCCAACUCGUACCUGCAGUUUCACGGGCCCGUCGAGGGGCCAGUGUUUGAGGUGAAAGUACCGUACGCGGAGAAUCACGAGGACAGCUCGAACAAUUUACACGGACACGAGCAACAGGAACACGGUUACGAGUUUGACUAUGUCGCGCAUCCGAAGUACGAGUUCUCGUACGGCGUCGAGGAUCAUCAGACUGGCGAUUUCCAUGCUCAGAAAGAAACGCGAGAUGGAAGCAGCGUGUCCGGCCAGUACAGCGUGAAGGAACCAGGUGGUAGCAUUCGAGUGGUCAGCUACCGCGCCGACAAGGAUGGAUUUCAUGCCGUGGUGCACACUUCCGGCAAGAACGACCACUCGGCUGAUAUCUACGUCGGUCAAGGCCAGCUUCCAGUUCACGAUCACCAAACUGCGGCGCAACAGGAACAAGACAUCCAAGAUUACGUCGCCUCGUACACCACCAACGAAGGAUAUUGAUCGUUUCGUGAUCGAUCGGUCGUUUAUCGUUUUGUACCUGUUUGUUACGCUUCGAUGUUUCAUGUUUUCACUGUACCAAAGGCUUUCAUCGUUGCUUAUCAUCCUGAAGAUUGCUGUGGAGAACGUUUAUGUUGUAAAUAUAGCACAUUCCUUUUAAUAAAACACCAUCGUAUCAGAGUGGGACGUUCUGAAACCAAUUCUCUUCGCGUUUAAUCCGCGCGCCACGGUAUGCUCCAUCAGGCAUCAUUUAUCCUGACAUAAAAUACAAGAUGUCAAAUGGAUAAAGCGUUAUGUAAUUAUUUGCGAUCGAAAGGAAGGAUAGUCGUCACGAAAGGAGGUCGAUCGUCGAUGAAGCGCAACUCGGCUACACCCGUGCACAGUCAUACGCGGCACGUCGUUAAGGCGCGUCUCGUCUGAUCAAUUUGAUACCAACGGAACGUCGUUAUCGCGAGUGGAUAAAGACAAAAGGAGAAAAGGAGCGAAAUAGGGCGAGGGUGGUAGAACGGCCUGAGCGAAUAACAGCAGAGAAGAUAAAAGGAAGGCUCGUCCGCGCGCUAACAAUGCCUCGAAUGCAUGCCGAUAGAGGCAGAGGAGAGUGGAAACAAAAAGAACAGCGAACAGGCCGGCGAGUAGAUAAGAGCUGGUAAGAGGCCGGUGCCGCGCUAUGUCACCUUCUCUUGCGACUAUGUUACAUCGUUAAAUCGCUAACGAUCGAAUUAACUCCUAACUUUUGCGACCAGUGAAAUAUUUGGCACAGACGUCGAGUCGAGUCGAAGACGCGAAAGAAUGAAAUCUUCGCGCGUAAUCGCCCGGAUGACGUUAGAGUUGCGUUAACAACCGCACAAGCAGUCAUAUGGAUUGCGGGAUAAGUUGAAUGAUUCGGUAACGUGGUUGUUUCUUGCGGAACUAGGCAGCUACUAAUUACCCACGGUAUCGUCGUAGCGUGAUCAUCCGAUGGGUCGCUGCCGGUGAUCGAACAUCGUCACACGAUUUCGCUACGAUGGCGCGCAAAAUACCAACUUCCUUUAACGUUGCAUCGUGUUAACAAAUUGCGGGAGUAGGGAGGGAGAAGGAGAAACGCUUGCGUGUCGCUCCUUCGCAGCACCGAUGCGGUUAAUGAAGUGUCAAUGUACUACGGAGCUCUCUCUUGCUCAACGGCAAACGUUAUCUCCGGACCGAAAACUACGACGUCGUUCGCUCGCUCUGUUAGAGUCUGAUUAUCGCCUUAGAUUUGAGCAAACUUUGAUCGGACAUCAGGACAAUACAUCGUAAUUUUAACAAGACCCAGAUCCCAAUGAUUAGUUGGAAAUAGUGGUUCCUGAUCGACGGCAGCUUGGAUCUGCUUUGAUGAAGUCGCUCGAUCUAGGAGUUUGGACAAAUUUUGAUUCAUACCGCGUUAUCUACAUCCGAUUGCUACAUUGUAAAUUACUAUUUUUAGCCGACAAAUCAAUUUGAUGCGAUAAAGCAAGAAAGAAAAGGGUUGGAACUAGAGUAAAUUUGCUAACUUUCCGCUAUGAAGCUAGUGUAAAUUUGCUAACUUUCCGUUAAAAUCAACGAAACGGAUCGACGCAAAUCUCUAUAAUUUUUGAAAAGUGAAUAUAUGUAUUUACAUAGUAUUCCCAUACCGUGUAUGUAAGUAGAUAGUUCCUAAUUUCCUCUCCGACGGUAUCCGGUUAUCGACGAUAAUCGUUAUCGUGGAAUACAUCUGCCGACUAAGUUCUGGUAGAUUCCAAUUGAAACAUCGGGUAACAUUCGUACGAUUCGAUAUAUAUAUACAUAUAUAUCUGGACAAUUUUUCAAACCGACACACGUGGAGUCGUUCUGUUGCAGGGUUCAUUAUUCCGUGUCAUUGUUCCGAAUAAAAUUCGUGGCCGGUCGAAUCGAUAAUCGUGCACACCAGUCGCGUGAAGCGCUUUCAUGUUUGCAGAACCUCGAUUAACGUAAGGCUCGUUUUUUUUUCAUGUGGUUCGCUAGCAAACUAACGAAAACAAUGUGCGAUCUGUUGAGUAUCUUGAAUUUACAUUCGCGAACGAGAUUACGCAGGGCGACAAUGGCGAAUUCGCGGUGAUUUUCGGCGAUAACGGUGCCAAUAUUCCAACGUAAAUAUUCGCCAUGGCAAAACAUGGUCGUCUCAUGUUUCCGUAAUAAAUUUGACGACGCGCCACAGUGUGUUUAAUCGCAGAGGAGGAAUGUGGGUCAGCAGGAAGGCGAUGCGACUGCCUGAAAAAUCGUAUAA